UCCAGCAAACAGCUGUUUCGCUCCCGCAUUUGUUAUUUAACAACUUCGCCUCGCCGAAAAGCCAAAUAACAAUGAAUAAUUGUAUUAAACUGGCGCCCAUGGCACUCCGCUGCCAGCAGAGGACCAUCAGCACUUCAUCCGUACUGGAGGGCAAGCGGAACUUCCGCAAAUUCAAUGUGUACAACAAGCGGGGAACUCGCGUGGUGAAGGAGGCCCAGAAAACGCUGGCCAAUCCGCCGGUGGCCAUUCACAAGCGCGGAGUGCGCGACACGGGAAUCACUGUGGACGGGCAGUACGUGGAGAUCCCCGAGAAGAUCCCGGACAUCAUAGUGCCCGACCUGACCGGCUGCAAGCUGAAGCCCUAUGUGUCGUACAAAGCCCCCGAAGUCGUCCAAUCGGAGUUCACCAGCUUGGACCUGUUCAACGCCGUCUACUCGCAGAAGAUCAUCGAGGACUUCAAGGCGGGCACCCUGCAGGCGGACGGCAGUGCCAAGGAGCCCUCGGCCAACGAGCAACUGACUCCGGCGGAGGCGUUGCAGCGCGCCCGCAGGACGGGCAGCGAUAUAUUCUAGACAAUUAGGUUUAUUGUUUCUUAAAUACAGAGUCUGAACUCUCGA